AUGGAUUCACCAGUCGAUCGCGUUGGUUCAUCAUCGUCAUCCAAAACCAGAAUCCCUCCAGCUAAAUCCAAAUGUUCCGUCACAUCUUUCUCGAUCGACUCAAGAGACGGAGGAGGAAGAAGCUCCAAGAAAUCGGAACCGCGAUCGAAGAAGAAGACGUCAACACCAAAAGAAACAGAAACUUCCCCUGAAGUUCUAAGCCGUUACGAAUCCUCUUUAUUCACCGCAUCUCAAACGCCGAUCUCGAUCAUACGGACGAAGAAACAACCGGAGCCGAGGUUUUACCCCAGCCCAACCAACACCUUCUACACAGCACCGCUCUACUCAGAAGCCAAGCAGAGCUUCACGAGCACGGACCUCAGCGACUGCGCGAGCACAAUCGGCGUCGGAGGCAUCGAUCUGGAGAAAACAGGCGUAUCGACGUACAGAGGAAGCACGGGGAGCGACGCGAGCGACGAGAGCAGCUCGAGCGGUUUCAGCAACGCCGGCCACAAGCCGCACAGGGCUAACAACGACAAGCGAUGGAUCGCGAUCCAGGAGGUUCGAUCUCGGGUCGGGUCGUCUCUUGAGGCGAAAAAUUUCAAGCUGAUAAGACAGCUCGGAGGCGGCGACAUCGGAACCGUCUACUUGGCGGAGCUGAUCGGAACGGGAGCGACUUUCGCCGUGAAAGUCAUGGAGAAGGCGUCGAUCGCGGCGAGGAAGAAGCUCGUUAGAGCUCAAACGGAGAGAGAGAUACUCCAGUGUUUAGACCACCCGUUCCUGCCUACGCUCUACUCGCAUUUCGAAACGGAGAAUCAUUCUUGCCUCGUCAUGGAGUUUUGCCCCGGCGGUGAUUUGCAUUCUCUCCGGCAGAAACAGCCCGGAAAAUACUUCCCGGAACACGCCGCUAGGUUUUAUGUUGCUGAAGUUCUUUUAGCUAUGGAGUAUCUACACAUGCUUGGGAUCAUAUACAGAGACCUCAAGCCGGAGAAUGUGUUAGUCCGUGAAGAUGGGCACAUAAUGCUAUCAGAUUUCGACCUCUCCUUAAGAUGUGCGGUCUCUCCGACGCUAGUCCGAUUCGCAGCAACGACGCUUGAGUCCAAGAGCUCGAGCUACUGCAUCCAGCCGGCGUGUGUAGACCAACCGGGCUGCGUUAUCCAGCCAGAUUGCAGCCAGCCGGUUUGUUUCACUCCUCGGUUCAUGUCAAGAAGCAAGAACAAGAAGAAAUAUCAUAACGAGACAGGACGUCAGGUUAGGCCGCUCCCGGAGCUGAUGGCUGAGCCGACUAGCGCGCGGUCCAUGUCUUUCGUUGGGACGCACGAGUACUUAGCGCCGGAGAUUAUCAAAGGAGAAGGUCACGGAAGCGCUGUUGAUUGGUGGACAUUUGGGGUGUUUCUCUACGAGCUUCUGUUUGGGAAGACUCCGUUUAGAGGAGACGUGACGAGGACGACGCUGUUUAAUGUGGUUGGGCAGCCGUUGAGGUUUCCGGAGCACCCGAGUGUGAGCUUUGCGGCGAGAGACUUGAUCAGAGGGUUGCUGGUGAAAGAGCCUCAGCAUCGGUUGGCUUAUAGGAGAGGAGCCACUGAGAUUAAGCAGCAUCCGUUUUUCCAGAGUGUUAAUUGGGCUUUGAUCAGAUGCACCAGUCCACCUCAGGUUCCUCAGCCGGUUGUAGUCACGGACAGUGGUCGGAGUCUUCGUCGUGGUCAGGGUCAUAGUCAAGGGCAUGGUCAUGAGAAGCCGCCUACUCCUAUUGUGGAUGUGAAGCCUGCUGGUAAUUAUUUGGAGAUUGAUUUCUUCUGA